UCGAAAUAUUGUAUUAAUCAAUAAUAUUUCUAAGUUGUAUUAGAAAAAAAUGAAUUCUGCAAAAAGUAAUGGUGAGACUGGAAAUGGAUUAGAGGAUCUUGGUAUACCUGGGCAAGUUUACUUAAGAGAUGCUUUAACAAGUUGUACUGAUCCUUUAAAAGCAAUUGAAGAAUUUCAGCUGGAAAAUGGUAUCCUUUUGCCUUCUUUACGUCCUAUGUUACCUUUACUCGAUUUGCAUGGAGUCAGACGAUUAGAUUUUCAUGCUUCUGUGUUAGAAGAAUUAAGGGAAAAAUUGGUAAAACGAAUAAAUGAAAUAGGUGCGGAAAGAGUCGAUAAAGGAACCCCAGGUGAUAGAAGAUUAAAAGAAUUACUUUCUAAAAGUUUUCCUGCAGUAAGAGUAGCAGCAUUAAGGCCUGUUGUAAUGUGUAUCUUAAGAAAUACACCACAAAUAGAAGACAAAUAUUUGCGUGUAUUAGUUAGAGAAAAGGAAUUAUAUAAUGAUGCUGAUACAGAAGUAAAACGUCAGAUUUGGAGAGAUAAUCAAAGUCUUUUUGGGGAUGAAGUAUCACCAUUAUUUAGUCGAUAUAUUAUAGAAAAAGAGCAAAUUCUGUUUGAUCAUCGAAAUUUGAAUAGUCUUUUCUUCACACCAUCUCCUAAAGUACGAAGACAAGGAGAAGUUGUACAAAAAUUAGCUCAUAUGAUUGGACAUAGUGUAAAGUUAUACGAUAUGGUAUUGCAAUUUUUACGUACUUUAUUUUUACGUACAAAAAAUAUACAUUAUUGCACUCUUAGAGCAGAGUUAUUAAUGGCCUUGCAUGAUUUGGAGGUUCAAGAUAUUAUUUCAGUUGAUCCUUGUCAUAAAUUUACCUGGUGUUUAGACGCAUGUAUUAGGGAAAAAAAUGUGGAUGUGAAAAGAUCUCGUGAAUUGCAAGGAUUUUUGGAUAGUAUUAAGAGAGGACAAGAACAAGUAUUAGGAGAUUUAAGCAUGACAUUAUGUGAUCCAUAUGCAGUGAAUUUUCUUGCUAGUAGCGCAAUCAAGAUAGCUCUUCAUUUAAUUAAUGGUGAAGCAUUACCACGAGAAAAUGCUGUUCUUGUAUUAUUAUUAAGAAUGCUUGCUCUGGGUCUUUCUGCCUGGCAAAUGAUUGACUCACAAGAUUUCAAAGAACCAAAACUUGAUAGUCAAGUUGUUACAAAAUUUUUACCAGCAUUAAUGUCUCUUAUGGUCGAUGAUCAAAUCAGACAGUUAAAUUGUAAACUACCACCUGAUGAGAGAGAAAGUGCAAUUGCUAUUAUAGAACAUUCUGGCCCACCUCCUGAUGCAUGCCAAGCAUAUGCACAAUUAUCUGGUGUUGCUGCAGUCUUAUCUAUGUAUUAUGCAUUACAUAUAGGAGGUGGUGGUGGUAUAGGUAGAGGAAGAGGAGAUGCUAGGGGUUUAAUGAGAGUAUUAGCAACUUUACCAAAUUGUCAAGCACAACGUGCUUUUGAAGAUCCUUUUCUACAUACUCUGGUUUCACUAUUAAUAUUGAAUAUGGCAGAUGAGUUUUCUAAUGAAUCAUUUUGUACUGUAAUAUUUGAUGAAUUCUUUCUGGCAGGCUUAAGCAGGGAUAAUGUAACGCGUCAUUUACUAAAGUUGCUUUGGUAUAUUCAUCCAAAAUUACCACCCACGCGAUUACAUUCAUUACUAAAAGCCUUACAACCAACUAGUCAGCAUAAUGAGGCUGUGCAUAUCCUUUAUGAAGCUUUAAGAGAUAAAGUGGGUAAUCGAACCACGCAAGAUCCAUUACCGUCAACACAAAUUGACAGUUUAGGGUUAGAUUGUCCUCCUUCACCAAUUACAGGUGUUCCUACUGCGUUAUCAAAUUCACUAUAAAUUCUAAAGUUUA